ACAAGACUGUCUCAAAAACCAAACAAAAAAGGGCAAGUGGUAUAGUUCAGUGGUAGAGCAAAGAUGAGAUCACUCGAGAAACUGAAGCAGGAUCCACAAGUUUGAGGCCUGCCUGGGCAACUUAUGAGACUCUGUCAAAAAAAAAGGCUCAGUGGUUGAGCACCCCUGGGUUCAAUUCCUAGUACUACCAAAGGAAAAACAAUAAAGAUCAAAUGUCAUCUUUAUGACAAUAUAGCUGGUUCAGAGGAUGUGCAAGGGAAGUUCUUGAUGCAGAACUCCAGAACUGGGCAUUCCUGCUGGCUCCGAGGCCUCUCUGUGUGGGGUCUGUAACCACACAUUCACUGAAGGAGCAGAGCAGAGGUGGUCUGGAGGUGUGGCUGUGCCCACCUCACCUCCCUGUCAUUCCAAAUUCACCCAUUGCUGAAGUCUCCUCCCCAUGGAAAAGGAAAGCUGAAUAGGCCAUACAGCCUGCAUCACCAAGUCCACAAAGAAAAAGGCAGAGAUUGUCCAAACUUCCACUUCCCAGUAAUAGAAGGCGCACUGACUGGUCAGCCUAGCUCAGCCCUUGCAUCCUGGAGCCGGUCUUUCAGAAUGUCUGAGUUAGUGGGAGACAGAAUGGCAGCAGGCUUGAAAUAACAGUGACUUAAACAAACUAGAAUUUUAUUUUUCUUUCCUGUUACAGUCCAGGUGGGUGGUGCCUUAAUCCAUUUCCUCUUGCCAGCAACACACCAUACAUGUAAAAACCAGGGAUGUAUUUUGGCCCAAAUCUGGUCAAAGCUUGAGAGGUCACAUAUGGUGAUGGUCACUUUGCUGACAAGGUCCAGAGGUGGCCUAGGGCAUCUCCUGGUGAGCAACAGCACAUGUGUAUCCUGUUCUUUCUCUUUUUCCUGCAAGGCGACAAGCAUUCUAUCAGGAGGGCUCCACCCUGCUGAUCUUAUCUAAUCUUACUCCUUUCCCAGAGAUCCCCACCUCUGAACACCACAGUCCAAUAAGUUUCCAGCUUUUCAUUACCUAACAGUGGGAUUAAACUCUGGGGGCAGUUUUGGAGGACAAACUCUUCAGAUUGCAGUAGUGGGCCAGGGAGGCCAAUCAAGAACCAAGGCUCCUUUCAGCCUGCUCUCUCCAUUCCCAACUCCAGUCAUGGUGCCAGGUGUCACCUACCAUUUCUGCUUCCACACCACUGGGCAGAGCUGAGUUCAUAUAUCAGGUCUAUGGUAAGGACACCCAGGAAGGCAGGCUUGCUCUGGCCAGCCUCACGUCCCACUGAAGUUCAGGGAGUCGAUACCCAAGGGAGAAUGGAGAGCUAGCACCGCCAAUCGCUAAGUUGUGCAUGUUGUGGUCUGAUUGUGUCCCCUAGUACUUCAGGACACGACGAGACAGGGUCUCCAACAAGGUACAUAUGGUUAAAUGGGGUCAUGGGGGGUCUAAUCCAAUGUGACAGGUGUGUGUUCUUACAAGAGGAGAUCAGGAUACAAACAUACAUAGACAACUACAUCCAGGCACGGGGGAAAGCUGUCUGCAAGGCAAGGACUCGGGCCUCAGAGGAACUAGCCUUUGGCACCUGGAUCCUAGACUUCAGCCCCAGGACUAAGAAUAAACUUCUGUUGUGGACAAUCUGAGCCUUGGCUCUGUUGAACAGGUAACACAGAGGGAGAGUGGGAAUCACACAGGGAUCUUGAAGGACCCUGAAAGCCAUCAUGAAGGUGCAUGAGGCAGAUGUGGAGGGGCAGGAGCUAAAGACCAUCACUCGGCUCCAAGAGCAAUGUCGGGCGCUCCAGAUCCAGGGGGUGAAGGAAAAGAUGGCACAGAACAAGGGGACGCUGGCCCUUCUGCGCAGCAACAUCCGCCGUGGGGCCCAGGACUGGGCUUUGGCCAAGAAGUACGACCAGUGGAUCAUCUCCAGAGCUUGCGAGAAGGACGUGCACACGAGGAUGGCGCACGGCCACAGCACCAUGGAGGUGGCGCGGGAGAAGCUGCGCAAGUACGUCUUCGACCGUGUGAACGCGCACAACGUGCUGAUCCACCUGGUGCGGCGGCGCGGGCAGAGGCUGGAGAGCAUGCAACUGGAGCUGGCCAGCCUGCGGAACCAGUCAGAUGCCACCAAGGAGGAGAAGCGGAUGCUGCAGGUCAUCCGCCAGCUGGAGAACAACAUCGAAAAGACCACGGUCAAGAUCACCACCUGCCAGAACAUGCACCUGCUGUACUUAGGCCUGCUGGACUACCUGAAGAAAGUGCUGGCAGGAUACCCAACAGAGCUAGACAAGCUGCAGAACCUGGUGGUCAACUAUUGCUCAGAGCUGUCGGACAUGACGGUCAUGUCCCAAGAAGCCAUAGUGAUUACUGAUGAGGUCAAGAGGGACAUGAGGCAAGAAGAGGCAUCCUUUAUAGAGGAGCGCAGGGCCCGCGAACACCGGCUCAACCAGCAGAAGAAGCUCAUUGAUAAGAUCCAUACCAAGGAGACCAGCGAGAAGUACCGCCGGCGCCAGACAGACCUGGACUUCCCCUCUAAUAUGAUGCUCCCAGAUACUCUGAAGGUGAAGAAGAAAGAAACCUCCACAGCAGAUCUUGGAUACCAGACAGAGGUGACUGCGUGGGUGGAGAGGGUCAAGUCUGCUGUGCGAUGCUCUCACCUCUGGGACAUUGCCGGUCGCUUCCUGGCUCAGAGGAACACAGAGGAGAGCCUGGAGCUGCAGAUGGAGGACUGUGAACAGCGGCGGACACAGCUGGAAGCACUGACGAAGAAGCUGGAACUGGAGGAGGCACUACUCAAGUUCCGACAGAUCCCCAGCUCUGUCAGCUUUGAGUCCAUUGAGUCCAAGAUAAAGAACAUGCUGCAGGAGGAAGAAGUCAGACUCCAGCAGGCCCACAACAACAUGACCCGGAGCCAGCAGCUGCUGCUGACCCUGCAGACAGGCAUUGACAACCUCUACAUCCGGCUCAUCGGCAUCACCCUGCCUGCUGCCCAGAAAGAAGUGGCACCCUCUGACACCCUCGACUUGCAUAGCAAGCUGGCAUACUGCCAGGGAAAGCUCUCGUAUCUGGUUGACCGCCUGCAAAUGCUGUCCAGGACUGAGGAGGUCAGCACAAAGGUGAGGGACACCCUGGAGUCCUCAACUCUGAAGGAGAAGCACAACAUGAGGAUCACCUUUGAGGAUGCAGAAGAGGACAUGAUCGGUGAGGCUCCUCAGAAGGUCCUGGCCACGGGGAGGGGCCACAGCUCAAUCAGAGUGUCUGAGCUGCAGAGUGGAUGGAGGAUAGCCUCUCUGUCUGACCAGGAUAUCCUGGAGGGACCAGGGUGCUAAGAGGGACUAGAUUAAUGGAGAUGACUUAUGACAACGAAAGGCAACCGCCACAGAAGAACAUAUGACACUUUUCAUGAGAGGAGGGGGCACACCAUGCCAAAGGCCACAGGGGGAGACCCGGGCCAGAGCAUUUGGUGGGGUUUCUGUGUGUGGCCAAAGGCAGGGCAGAUGGGCAGCUUAGGACUAACUCAUUCCAACAGGCCCAGGUGGCCUGGUACCUGGCCCUGCGUGACAUAGGGCAGAGGACCGUUGGUUUGGGUGAGUCAAAUGAGGGAGGUGGUUCCAGGUUGUUAGUUCGGCGCUGGCCUGUCCUUGAGUCCUUGCCCGUCCAAGGAUGGGCCACGCCCGGGGUCAGCCUCUCCCCAGGCGCCAGACAACACAGGCCACAGCAUCCCGACACCGGAAGUAGGAAGCGGCAGCGAAUGCAAGCCGGGCUGGUGGCGGCCCGAGGUCGGUCUGCCAGCGGCCCUCUCCCGCCCGUGCAGAAACCUUCCAGUUCGCCGACAUGGACCACAGCUACGUCCCGUCGCGGGCCGAGAUCAAGAAACAGGCCCAGGGACUGAUCGAGGGGAAGCUCAAGAUGGCCAAGAAGAAGAAGAAGUAGUACCGCCCGCGCAUGUUACACAA